AUGGUGUACUUCCCACUGGCUAUGGUCGUUGUCGCGACAGCUUUGAGUGCAACUUACAAGCACUGCUACAGCCGCAAACUCACUUGGAGCGUCCGUCGCACGCUCCCAAAAUACCACGCCUUUGCCACAGAGUUUCUCCAACUCAUCACUUUGGGUGCUGGCCUCGUUGUGGGAUGGGACUUCUUCUCCUCCAAGACCAUCAUGCUCGACAUCUACAUUAUCCCCAAUCUGGACUUCCCAAUCCCCGUGUGGUUCAUGGCUGCAAUGACUGUCUUUGCACACUUGUUGUCGCUACUCGCCAUCGAUUUAAUUGACAAUCAGAUUCAGUUGGGUCGCUGGUCACAUCCGAUUCAGACACAAACGCUACUCCUCACACGAUCUUGUCUGGCUUCGUGGAGUGUGUGGAAGAGACGCAGACGGGUGGUGGGCAAGAAACACAUCAAGAAGUGUACCAAGAAACAAACUCCGAGGAAGAAGACAGUGGAGCCAGUUCUGACAACGCCGUAUUCACGCAAGCGUACUGCUAGCGAACCUGUCACCCCGGAGAUGCUACGGCGUUUUUUACGGGAGAUUCCUGUGGAAGUUUCCAAGUCUGGGGUUUUGAUCAGAGAGGCUAGGUUAUGUGCUCGGCGGGCUUCGGCCGCGGGAUCGAUGGGAACUCCAACGAAGCCGGUUGGUACUCGUGUGUGCAGGCCGCAGAGGACACCACCGGAGUCGGUGGUUGCGAGCGGAAAAUAUGAUGUGCAGAGCAGAGUGGAGGUGAUUGCGAGUGGAAAGUAUGAUGUGCAGAGCAGAGUGGAGCUGAUUGAAAGGGCCGUUGGGGGAAUGUGA